AUGGUUGCAUCCUUCGUCCUCGCCGGCCGGGGUUUGGCCCAGUCCCACGGAGCCACCGGCGUCUGGGUCGACGCCUCCCUACGCCUCAAUCCUACGUUCGCCAACACGGCCGCCGCUGUUUACCAGGCCGACGCGCGAUCGGUGGACUUCAGCAACAGGCCCCGGGAGGCGACGGCGGAGAUUAAUGAGUGGUUCGAGAGCAAAACACGCGGCCUCACCAAGAACAUCCUCUCAGAGCACGAUUGCGACGGCUCCACGUCGCUUGUCGUCGGCAACUCGGUCUUCUUCAGCGGCCACUGGAACGCCCCCUUCUUCCCGGAGGCCACCGAGGAAGGCCCCUUCUACGUCAACGCGUCGCCGGAGCACACCGUCCGUGUGCCGUUCAUGAAGGGGAGCCCGUUUCAGCAGGUCGGCGUCCACCCCGGCUUCAAGGUCCUGCGCAUGCCUUAUCGUGGUGACGGCGGCGACGGCGAGCCGUUGUUCGCCAUGUACAUCUACCUCCCCGACAACCUGGACGGCCUGCCCGCGCUCGCGCGAAGGAUCAGCGCCAGCCCCGAUGCGCUCCUGCACAGGUCGGUCGUGCCGGAGCAGGUCGUGCCGUUGGGCAAGCUCAGGAUCCCCAAGUUCGAGGUGACGCUGAGGGUGGAGGCGUCCCAGAUGCUGCGUAAUCUGGGGCUGGAGCUGCCGUUCCGUCGCUCCGGCGGCUCAUUCUCGGAGAUGCUGAGCCCGCCGGCGGCUCCGGUGGCCGUGUCCUCCGUGGUCCACCAUUGCGUCGUAAAAGUGGACGAGAGGGGGACCGUGGCCGCCGCAGGCACCGUGGCGAUGUCCGCGGGGUUUGACAUGGUACGUGAUCGCCCUGUGGACUUUGUGGCAGAUCAUCCCUUCGCCUUCUUCCUCAUGGAGGAUGUCAGUGGCGUGGUGAUAUUCGCAGGCCAUGUCAUCAACCCUUUGCCACUGAUGGAUGGAUUACCAGCUCUGCUCUGA